CUUGUCGCCGAUCUGAAGAAAACCUGGGCCACCGUCUCGCUAGAAUGUGAGAGAUCUCGAUGAGCACGCCAUGAACAUCAUUCGGGACAUGCCAACCGAUCCCCACCUGAUAUCCCAGUCCGGAACCAAACAUACCGAAGCAGCAACACCUCCGUUCUUCGGCUUCGGCACCAACUCCAACAACAGAGAGGUUCUGUUCUGCUGGAGCCGGCCCGGAAUGAAGGCAUUGGGAAAUCUAUCGGCGAUGGAGCCGGCAAAAUAUUCAACCGAGACAUGAGAUGGACAAAGCUCCUUCCAAGCUUUUGCUGUCACGUGAGAAUGUCAAUGACGUUUUCUUUUGGAAUCGACCAUUCCGAACGCUAGCCGCAAUGCUCGACAUCCCUCAACCGUUGCUUGCUGACAGGCCCUCCCUAUUGCUCCGAUUAUUCCUGAAAAACUGUGCCGCACGCAGUGAAAAGGCUCACUCACAUCGUUACGUGCCGUCACUCCGUUACACUUAGAGGGAAAGAGGUCCGAGCUCCUGCGUCAAUCAGCCAGUCGGAAACGUCAAAUUGCACACCUGGACGGGCAGAUGCACAAGCCAGAAUGCGAUCAGAGUCCCCCCCUCUCUGUUCUCUGUUCACUGUGCUGUAUGCGACACUGGGCCAACUGCUCCGUUCCUUGAUACCCGUCACCGAUGGAGUGAUGCCUCAGGUUUCCAACUUCUCCAAAGCGGGAAGAGGCCACGCCCACCGUAGCUUUGAGAGAGGUGGGAGCUGGGGGCAAGCUUCCCCUCUCCUCCCCCGCCCACACCGCCCACCUCUGAGGCCCCCCCCCAAGUUGCUCUGCUCUGCUCUGCUCUGCUCUCCUCCCCAGCUGUGCGCGCGCGCAAAGCCUGGCUGGCUUCCCUCCCCCUCUCUGCUGCUCCCCCGCCCCUUUUCUGCUCUCCGUCCUUCCCACCUUGUAAUCCCGUCCUUGGCUGCUGGCAAAGAAAAGGUAGGUACGUACCGUUCACACCGGAGCUCCAGCCUUUGCCCGUCUACCACCCUCCUCCCCCCCCCCCCAACUCAGCCUUUCCUCUCUCAUUUUUCUCCUCCUUUUCCUUUCCCUCUCUCCCAUCCAAGCUUUCCCAUCAAAUCCAACUCUCCACGCCCGUGUUCUAUCCUUACACUCUUCAAUUGAUAUCUUACCACACGCCCUUCCAUCAAAAUGACCGGCCGCAAGAGAAAGCAAGAGGAGGAGGAGCUCGUAGCUCUGCCCAGUGAUGACGAGGAGGAGGAGGAGGAGUAUGUCUCUGACGAGGAUGACGAAGAAGCCGGCGAUAGUUCCGGAGAUGACGGAAGCUUCAACGAAGAGGAUGCCGAAGAUGACGAGGAGGGCGAAGAAGAAGACGAGGAAGCUGCCCCGGCUCCUCCCAAGAAGAAGAUAAAGACGGCAGCUACCGCCGAGGGUGAUGCGCCUCAGAAGAACGGCCACAUGAACGGUGUCGCCGAGGAUGACGAAGGAGAUGACCAAGAGGAGGAGGAUCAAGAGGGCGAGGAAGAAGGCGACGAUGAUGACGUCGAAGACGAGGAAGGUGCUGAGGAGGAUGAGCCCCCUAUCGCUUCCAAGGGCGUCAAGAAGGCUGCCGCACCGCCUGCCGCCGCCGAGGGCAGCGCUGCUGCUGUUGCCGCUGAUGGUGACGACAAGGACUAAUGGUGGUGAGACAUGGCUGUGGUGGUGUUGGCAAGUUCCUCGCGAUCCAUGAGCCCCCAUUGUGUGCGACCUCUCCUGCUCUGAAGGCGUUGGCGUUUGUGACCACUGAUUCGUGGCUGGCUGGAUGCAGGAGGAAGCGGCUGUCUUUUGUUUGCUUUGGUAUGCGUGCGCAAUAGGUACCGUCCUCGUCGAUCUCAGCUAGAUAUAUAUAUCCAUGUCAUGAACUGCUCCUGUUGUUGGCGUUUGCGCUAUACCGACUUGUAGUCAGCAGCAUGGGGUGUGAAUUGUAAUCGGUUGCUUACAUGCUUGCCCCUUCGUUGCUGAUUUGGUCCACGUAUGGACGGCGGCCGAAGGGGGGAAGCGCAGAUGGGGCGGUCUCUUCAAGGAAGAACAGAAUGGAUGAAAAGGGAAGAAAGCAGUGUCGUGUUUUACACCAACCUACCUAACAGCAGCCCCAGUCAUAUUGUCGAUUUGGCGAGGCCCACACCAUUGGCCUCGUGAUGCCCAAUCUUAGGCUGGGACAUGUAGUGCCACAUCGACAAUGGGGGCCGAGAUCCGCCAAGCUCUGGCCUAUUUUGGUGGCCAUCAGUUUGAUAGGCUUGUCGAGUAGGAGACCUUUUGAGAUAUUUGGUUUAACAGCGGC